AAAAAAAAAAAAAAAAAAAAAAAAAGGAAAAACCCUUACUCAUGCCUCCGCUUCUUCUUUUCUUCUUCACGCCUUCUCCUCCUCCGUUUCAGCAGCUCAGUGUCGCCGCCCCCUCUCUCCGGCUCACUGCUGCCAGUGCCGCCGCCGCCGCCACUGUCGUAUGUCUUCCGUUCUGUCGACGGAGCCUCCUCCCUCCUAAUGGUUUUGCUCUGAUUUUCUACUUUCUUGUUGUUGAAGGCAUCUCAGUGGCUUCUACAACUUCCAAAGGUCAGUAGUUUUCAUUAUGUUUGAAGAAGAAUGGAAGUCCCUUUUCCCAAUUGGCACAGUUUUCAAGUCUCCCCUCCUACUCUCUGGUUCUUCAGCUAAAGACUCAAUUGGUCCAGUCGUGUUCAAUCCUAUUUCAACCUCUCUCACCCGCCUCUUUUCCUCACGUUCUUUCUUGCCUUCUCUUUCUCCUCCUUCAAUUCUCAAUCUAUACAGAUUUCUUCACACUUCUUCAUCUGUUGUUCCCUCUACUUCUUCCACUGUCGUUUCACUCUUUGGCGAGCAACAUAACAACGAUGCUGCUUCCACUCUCCGCUACAAUCGCCUCCAAUUACUUCGAUGCCCCAAUUCUAACAGUGUUGUUGUGUUCUUUCCAACUGGCCCCAAUUCCGACCGUGUUGGGUUCUUGGUGGUUUCUGGCAAUUGUUCGGGUUUGAGUGUUCAAUCCGAUUGUGAUAAUGAUGUUUUUAGUGUUGAAAGUGAACUGAAGUACCAAAUUUUGGGAAUUUCUGUUAACCCUGUUUCAGACUUGAGAUUUGAUGGUGAUUCCUUUAUAGAUAUUGGGUUUUUGUUGGCAUAUACCAUGUAUUCUGUUGAAUGGUUUAUUGUGAAAAGUUAUGCAACUGAUUCGAGUUUUCUGCCAAAGGUUAGUUUGGUUCAUUUGGGUAGCAAGGUUUUUAAGAGUUGUUCAGUUGUUCAUGCUUGCUGGAGUCCUCAUUUGUCGGAAGAAAGCGUGGUUUUGUUGGAAGACGGUAGCUUGUUCUUGUUUGACAUGGAGCCUCUGUUGAAGGCUAAAACUUGCAGUACUUAUGCAAAUUUGAAAGGAAUUAGGUUGAGAGUGUCAUGGGAUACUUUCGAUUGCUCGAAAAAAGUGAAGUGGUUGAGUUGUGAGUUCAGUUGGCAUCCGAGAAUCUUAAUCGUUGCCCGUUCUGAUGCUGUUUUAUUGGUUGAUUUAAGGGAGGACGAGAGUAGCAUUUCUUGCUUAGUGAAGAUAGAUCUGUUCCACUCAUAUUCUUUGGCUCAAAGGGAACAAUUCCUUGCAUUUUCUAAAGCGGGUUCGGAUGGUUUCUUUUUCACUGUGGCUUCAAAUAGCCUGUUAAUUCUCUGCGACAUACGUAAACCGAUGUCACCGGUGUUGCAAUGGACUCACUGUCUUGAUGAACCGAGCUACAUGAAUGUUUUUAGCUUGUCCAAGUUGAGGUCUAGCGCAAGCAAUGGUCUGUACAGAUCAGCUUCUGAGUCGGGCUAUUGCAUUAUACUGGGAUCCUUCUGGAGUUGUGAGUUUAACAUCUUUUGCUAUGGACCUUCACCACCAACACUUUAUCAGUCUGUUUCUUCAAGAAGUUCCAAAUAUUUUCAGCCGCUUUAUGCGUGGGAGCGCCCUUCGAAUCUCAUAUUAUCCGGUCGAGAGUGCUCGUGCGGCAGUUGCCUUGUGAGACAAGAAACUUUCAAGGAUGCAAUUCCUGAAUGGGUAGAGUGGCAGCAGAAGAAGGAAAUAGUGCUGGGCUUCGGCAUCUUAGAUACUGAUAUCUCUCCACAACUUGCAGGACAAAAUGAACAUGGUGGUUUUACACUUCUGAGGCUUGUGUCAUCUGGAGCACUUGAAUCACAGACUUAUCAAGCCUCUUGGAACUCAUUGAAGCGGAUAGACGAAUCUCAUAAAGAAUCAUUGAAUCUUGCCGAUUAUUUUCUAUACGGAUGGUUGGUCGAUGAUAAAUAUAGAUUCAGUCGAAAAUUCAUGUACUUCAGUUUCGAGUACCUCAUGGGAUACUUAAAUGAUAACUUAGAUGAAGUUCUGGAUUCGUUCACGAGGAAGUACAGUAAGGAUUCGUUAUGCGAGCGAGCUUUGACCUCGGAAAUUCAUGCAGUUUUGUGCGAGAAGCUAAAAGCUUGCGGGUUCGAUCGUUUGAGGUCAUCUCCAGCACUGGCUGUUGUGUUCAAUGACAUUAGUCUGCCUGCAAGUAUACAAGAGAUCGCCUUCAAGAAACUCUGGGCAAGCUUACCUAUGGAGCUUUUACAUUUUGCCUUCAGUAACUACUCUGAAUUCCUAGAAGACAAGAAUCCAGUGUCCCUAGAAUUUUCAACUGUUCCUAGCCUACAUCAGCUGCCUCCUUUCAUGCUAAGGAAUCAGUCGAGCCGAAGUAACAAAUGGUCCGAAAAAGUGCAUCGAACAGAAAGUCUCGUAGGUCCAGUACUUCCUCUUCCCAUUCUACUGGUCCUCCACGAGUUUCAAAAUGGAUGUUCGAAACUCGAAGAAGAGGCGGGAAAAUUUUCAUUGAAAUCCGAACUCAGCGAGCAAUAUGAUCAAAUCAGGUUCGCAGCUCGUGAGAUGGCUGUGUCACCUCUCGACUCAAAGGUUGACGAUGGUCCUAUCGUCUCACUUUCCGACGAUCAAGAAUACGUUCCUUCGGAUUCUCAGAAGCCGAAGAAUUUCGUUUCGUAUCACCCAUCUGCUUUCGAUUCACAUACUUCGAGUAACACACAAGGUAACUCAACUGAUCAUGCUGCUGAUGUAUUUGAUACCUUAAUAUUCAAACUAGAAGAGAAGUCCAAAAAUGAAGAACUGUUCGACGGUCUCUGCCCUGUUGGGCUGAAAUUUGAUGUUCGGCCGAUGAACUUCCGGCCAAAUGAAUUGAAGGCAUAUGGUUUACUUAAAAAGCAAUUGUUAAAAUGGGGAGAUGGGUUUGCUGCGUACAAGGAAUUUCGCUCCAAGAUUUGAUGUUCAUCAGCUUGGAACUGCCCCAGCUGCAGAAAAGGGUAUGAUUUUGCCCUCUUUUAAUAUUUUGUGUAUUAUUUAUUAAUAUUAUUUAAUUAAAAUUAA